CAAUGGCUAACGGUGGCGUAAUUGGACCUAUAAAGUAUUGAGGUUGAAGGCUUGUCGUGUCGUGCGAUGAUGUUGGAACAAUCGUGAGCUUAUUACAACUUGAAUUUAUGAAACGAACAUCUCAUCGACCAAUAUGCCUUUUGAUCAUUAUACCAUUGGCAAGGUUAUCGGUAAAGGGAGCUAUGGAGAAGUAUACCUUGUGAAACACAGAAAAGAUAAAAAACAGGUAGUAUGCAGCGUUUUAUAUUCAAGUACUACUCUCCGGCAUUUUGAUUCUACCAUGAUAAAUUAAAGCGUCUGAACUUGCGAGCUCUGUUCCUUUGAUUCAAGCCAAAUUUGUGUGGUACUAACUACAUUUUUUCUCCACCGUUUUCGUCUGGUAUUUUAGUAUGUUAUGAAGAAAGUGGAUUUGUCUAAAGCUUCUGUUAGAGAAAGGAAAGCCGCAGAACAGGAGGUAAAUAUUGAGAGGCACAGCUUCCUUGUUGACGCAAAUUUUGUAAACUUAGUUUAAACAAACAUGCAACAAUGGCUUCUUUCAUGCAAGGUAACUGAGGUAACUUAUAUCUGAAGGUAGGUCUGUUUGACCUAAUCCCUAGCUAUGCGGACUUCGUUGUGGAGUUACAAGAUUAAUUAACUAGAUAGAUUUACCCAGGUGAUUGACAUUGUAGUCUACAGUUCCUUCCUGUCACCCACCCCCCUCACAUACCCCAGUGGGGUGGUAGCAAUUUUGGGGUGUUACUUAACUGUGGAUCAACAGACUUGAGAACCCACACUUUUAGUUCCAAUUUUUUUUUUAAAAAAAACUUCUUUAUUAUAAAAAUUAAAAUAAUAAUAAUGAUAAUAACAAUGAUAAUGAUAAUUAUCAUUACCAUUAUUAUUAUUAUUAUUAUUAUUAUUAUUAUUAUAUAUUUUGAAUAAUUCAAUCUCAAGCAGCAUUUGUAAAUUGCCUAUACAUAAUGAGAUUUACGAUUGUACAUUUAAAAACACAAAUAAAGUUUCGAUUAUUAUUAUUAUUACAAAAUGUUGUCUUGGGCAUUGAGAAGCUCAUGAACAGUGAGGAAAAGGUUUUUGAGUACUGCCUUCAUUGCUAGAAUAAUUAAUUCACUUCAUCACCUUUGCAGUAUUCCAAUGAGAUAUGGGUAAUUUACUGGAAUAAGUCUUGGCCUUUCCAUUAAAAAACUCAGCAGGGUGAAGGACAAAUCUGACUCGCAAAUGUGUCUUUCUCAUCCUGGUUGUAAAGAAAGUUUAUUAAUAUAGAUUGGAGUACACAGGGUUGAUUGUACGUACAGCUUUUCAAACCUAGAGUGUACACUCACACAACAAUAUUUUCAUCUCAGUCUAUACUGAACAACAACAAGGAAGAAAAGAGGGCUCUGUGAGUGAGUUAUCUCCAGAGCUCAAAGAAAAUGGACAAUUCCACACCUCUGGGACCAUCUAAAUUAUUUAUGUAUUCAACCAUAAGUUUUGACAGCAACAUAAUAACUGCCUUUAUAAAAUUAAUGUACUUUGAGAUACAUAGAUUCCUAAUUUUUGAGAGGUAAUAUUAUUAUGGGACUCAGACAUGAUUAUAACUUUGAGUUGGCUUGAAUUUAUUACUAUGUCAAUGUACUCUUUUCUUACCUUGCAGGCAAAAUUGUUAUCACAGCUACGCCAUCCAAACAUUGUUUCUUAUCGAGAAUCAUUUCAAGAUGAUUCAGGAUUUCUGUUUAUUGUAAUGAACUUUUGUGAAGGAGGUGAUCUCUACUCAAAGCUAAAACAACAAGCUAAGCUGGGGAAAGCCUUGGAAGAAACACAAAUUGUUGAAUGGUUUGUUCAAAUUGCCAUGGCACUACAGGUAGAGGAUUGAUAAAAUUAUAUCACAGUUGACUCUAUCUUAAUGGGCACUGCCAUAAGACAGACACCUAGAGUUGUUCCCAGCCUUUCUUUACUCCCUUAAUUUGACUCUCUAUAAAAUGGACAUCACUCUUAGAUGGACACUUAGUACUGGUCCCAAACAUGACCAUCUUCGAGCGAGCUACUGUUCAUUAAAUAACUAGUGAGGGAGGCAGCGUGGCUGAGCGGUAAGAGUGCUGGACUUGCAAUUCGGAGGUGCCGAGUUCAAGUCCCACCCUGACCACAAAUCAAGAAUGUCCAUGCUUUUAAAUAGCCAGCUGGUUUGCCUCUGGCCAGUGGAGAUUCUCAACCCUGUUAUAUUUGCUUUGAAUAAUAUUAUUUGUUUCAGUCAUUAUAAGUGUUGUAAAUGCUGCUGCGGGUAAAUAAAAGAAUUAAAGUAUUAUUAUCAGACAGAGUGUUUAAACUAGUUAAGCCCAGUUAGUUACUUAACUUCAGUGGAAAAUGAAUCAUUGAUAGAUUUUUAGGAUUAGAUUAUGGUAAACUCAUGUGAUGACAAUCAAUACAUUUCCUUGUUCUUUUUUAAGAAUAUGAUGAAGCCAAAAUGAAAGGCAGGCAAUUAAAAAUAAUGAGGUUUUUUUCCAGAUGACUUUUGUAACCUAGAUGGAACAGAACUCUUUCUCAUUGAGUCCAUCUUACUGUCCAGUUAUAUGAAUAUGUCGCUUAAAAUCUAGACCUAAAUAAUUUUCUUAAUACAGCAAACUCAAAGCUCCAUUCAAAUGAACGUAACAUUGUUGGCCAACAACUCCCAAAAUUGUUGGAUGUUACAUUUUACAUCUGUUUGCACACCCUAUUGAAUGUUGUUGCGUGUUGUUAAGAGUUUGAAACUGGUCAGAUGUUUAGCGACUUGCAAACUGAAUGCAACUCCCAACAUUGUUGGGCCAACAGGAGUUGUUGGGUCCAUUUGCACUUAGCUUAAUACUCGUGGACAUGUUACAGUUUUGAAAUGUUUUCUGUAUUUAAGGCGUGCAGUUGACUGCUUGUUGUGUGGAAAGUUGUCCUUACUAAAGUUCAAUAUUGUGUAUCAGCAACACAUGUAAUUUGUGAAUGAUAUAUAUUUUUUUCACAGUACAUGCAUGAGAGGCAUGUUUUACACAGGGAUCUUAAAACUCAGAACAUUUUCUUGACAAAGAGCAAUAUCAUUAAAGUAAGUCAAAAAUGAAGAUUGAUUAAGUCCUCUUUGGACUUAUGAUGUAAGCACAAACACAAAUAAACAAGUGGUGCCAUUAAUUCCAGAAGUUUGGUAUCUUUAAGUUAUUUUCUAAGUGAACUGCACAAUGAACCUUCAAUUGAAAAUUUCUUUUCCUUCACAAUCUCUCGAUUUUAUACUUUAAAGCACUAAUUUGUAUUAAUUAUUAUUCUGUGUGAGUUUAAAUAAAAAUUGACUUGACUUGACUGUAUUGUGUCAUUGUAAAGUUCUUGUGCAGCCAGAAAUACUUCUUAAGAGUGCAGAUUGCCUCAUUUUUAUACUCAUGAUUAUGUAACUUAUUUUAUUUGUAAAUAAUUUAUUAAAUAUAAAAUUUCUAAAAUUCUGUCUUGCCGCAGGUUGGUGAUCUUGGUAUAGCAAGAGUGCUAGAAACAUCCUCAGACAUGGCUACUACCCUCAUUGGAACACCAUAUUACAUGUCUCCGGAACUUUUCUCCAAUAAACCCUACAACCACAAGGUACUGUUCUCAGUUCUUCACUAGUCUCAAACUAGAAAAUUGAUUUCUUAAUGAGGAGGGGGAGGCGGGAAUGAAGAAACCUAAGACAGUUAUCUGUGGUGAUGUUUCUAUUGUAGGUUUAAUCCAUUCUCAGCCUUGUUAAACCAGUAGUCAACCUACUUUGAUUCAGAAUUUCCCUUAUUUCCUGGUCCAAAGAAAAUUUUGGCUUAAUCCAAGAAUGGAUUUUACCAACAAUAUUUUUACAGGGAGGGUCUAAGAAUGGCCAACAGACUCUAAAUCCAAGGUUCUUUGGGCCGCAGUGGUUAAGAUGAUACUUUGUUUCUGUCUCCAAGUGGCCCCCUAAACUCUAGUCCUGCCACUAAACUCAAUAAUUAAGGUAAUAAUUAAGUUAGUGCUUUCUCCCAACUUUCUCAAUGUUGUCAUUAAAAAUGAAGGAAGUUUAAAUCACUGAAAGUUAUUAAUUGUAUUAUAUUAAUGUAAAUUUACCUUCUAUAAAUGUAUUUCUUAGUCCGAUGUGUGGGCUUUAGGUUGCUGUUUGUAUGAGAUGUGCACAUUGAGGCAUGCAUUUAAUGCAAAAGAUAUGAGUUCUUUGGUUUACAAGAUUCUUAAAGGAAAAGUGAGUACAGUCUAAGAACUUUGUUAAGUUGGGGAAUGGGGACCUAUUCAGUGAUUAAUUUAGUAAAAUGCAGUUUCCUUAAGCAGUGACGAAAAGGAGUUAUAAAGAUAUACUAUUAAUAUUUUGUGCUGCUUUGUGUGAGAGAACAGACUGUCUGAUUUGGUCAUUUGAUCCAUUGUGAACAUUUUGUGUUGUAUAUUGAUCUGUGCCUAUGGAGUAUUAUGCCAGGCGCGGAUCCAGGUUUUUUUUUAGGAGGGGGUGCACUCGUCUCUUGCUCUACUUCAACACCAACAAACCACAACUUUUUUUUUUUUUUUUUUUGCAAAAUACUAGUUGUAUUAGAAAACCGUCAUCUAAUUAUCAUUAGAUCCGCCCCUUGUUGAUCAAUUUUACUUCCGUUUAAUUAUCAUUAAUUUGUUGAUCAAUUUAGCUUUGACAGAAAGCGGAAAGGAGAUGAAGUGACUUAAAAGGGGAGGAAAUGUUUAAAGAUCUUCAGUUUCUUCAAUAGCUAUUUGAAUUACCUAAGGAAAGAUAUUAUUUUUUUAUUUUCAGACGCCACCACUUCCAUCAAACUACAGCAGUGAUCUGUGUUUAAUUGUACAAAGUAUGCUUGAGUUAGAACCAGAGAAAAGACCCAGUGCUCAACGUCUGCUGCGACAUGGCUACAUCAAGAAACAAAUAGCUUUAUUUUUGGAAGGAACAAAAAAUAGGCAAGUAGUAUGGUAGUGUUGUUAUUGUUUGUGUCAUGCUAGAAGUAAGAUAACUGAGUUCUUCACGUGACUGUAGACCUAAAUAACUUAGUUUACUUAUUUCAAGAAAAUUCUCAAUAAAAGAGUAUAGUAAAAUAGCUAGAGCAGCCAUGGUGCAUUGGAAGUAACCAUGGCUCAGUUUUCCAUUAGCUGGGUAGACUCCUCAACCUGUAGGUUUUGUUUCUGGAAACUCCUGUUAACUAAUAUUCGGGACUGUAGCGUUUUUAAAAUCAAAAUGUGAUGAAUAGUUUUGGGUCCUAGCUCACAAACCAUUCAUUCGUCCAUGCUGUUUCGUUAACUUACAAUUUGUAUCGUAUUACUUCCAAAAUCAUUAAAACCAAGAUCUGGAAUGCAAUUGAACACGACAAACAUGAAACAGCUUUUUGGGCCGGCUAAUAAUUACUCAGACUUUCAACAAAUAUACUUCUAGCCCCUAACAACAGUGCUAUAGUAAUGUGGAUGGUAUUCAAACUUUGCAGGGUUCAAAAAUCAAAAGGAGGAUCAAAGGAAGAAAGAACACCAAGUGUAAAAUCAGGAGUGUCCAAAUCCCAGUCCUCCAAAUCUGAUUCAGGGUAUUCUGGGUCAGGACUUAAUGUUUCUGUUGCCACAGCCUCUGCUAUUGAAUGUGUUAUAGAUGAAGAAAAGCCACCCCAGAACUCACCAAAGCCCUCCUCAAGAAAUGAACCUGAAAGAUCUUCAGUCGAAUCUGUUAGUUCAUCAAGUGGUUCUUGGGAGGGUAAAGGAAGAACAGAGAUACAUGUGAAAAAAUCAGAGGAUUUGAAACAGCGAGAGGUGAUUAAAAAACAAAUGGCUGAAAGAAAAAAAUCUGCCCGUGAAAAAUUGUCGAAUAAAAAUGCAGCUAAACAGAAAGUUGUUGAUGAGGAUAAUUCUGUUAGGAGGUCAGCUGAGAAUGGGGAAAAAGGUCCAGUCAAGGAGGAGAAGAAGCCAUUACCUAGUGUAAGCAAGUCCAGGACACCUAGAACUGAGGUAUGUAUGCACAUCAAGUUAUUAACCUGGGAUGUUGUUAUUUGAAAGUAGUUUACCAGUACCUCACUUUGUAUCUUAGGCAGAACAAGGAUAGCCUGUUAGUUUUGUUGAGCACGAGUGAUAAAAUAUAAACCACACUGGAUCCAUUGACCGCCAGUGCAACGGGGUCUGUGCUCAUUCCCACACGCUCGCUUCGCUUGCCGACAUUUUUGAAAAGAACGAAAAGAAAAACAAAACAAUGUCUGUGUACAGGCUAGAACAAGGACUAAGGAAAGAAGGGGGUGAUAAGGGGCACUAAAGGAAAUCUCCUUUCCCACCCCUGUACAGAGCUUUUGUAAGAGACUCACUUCAGGCCCCAGUAAUGUUCAAAAGGUGGAUAGUGUUAUUCACUGGAUAAAUCACUAUUCAGUGGAUAACGCAGUUGGUCUUUGUACUACUUAUCAGCUUGAUAGCGAUUUAUCCGGUGGAUAGUGCCACCCAACUUUUGAACAACCAGUGGCAGGAGUUUAAACAAAAGCUUUCUGAACUUGUUAUGUCAAACAGAAGGAAUCCAUUAGGUAAAAACAAACUCGUGACCUCCAGGCCAUCAACAUUCUCAGUGCAUAGAUUCCAAAUAGUGAACAUUUCUUUUAUUUCAAAGAUUUCUUCCUUGUUGUAGGUAGUCAUUUCUAGGGAGUCUUAGAUACAAGAUUUCUUUGACAAUGGUUCAGACAGGAUUUAAUUGACUAAAACACUUAAUAUUUGAAUUAAACUGUCCUUGUUGUUGUUUUUUUUUUUACACAAGUCACAGCAGCCUCAACGACCCUUGCCACAACCUCCCAAGGGAGGCCCCCCAGGUGGAGAUUUGCCAGCUUCUAGGAGUCCAAGAGUAAGGAGGAGGUACAAAGUUCAAACCAGUGCAUCCAGGUCACAUUACGCUGAAGAAGAGGAGGAGGAAGAGGAAGAUGAUAAAAGCACAGGAGAUUCAGAUAUAAGGUGAAACAUAUUUUCUGCCCACUCUUAAUUUGGAGUUAGCCUGUGUACAGACAGGGAGGGAAGACGUCUGAACACAGGCUAUUUGGAGAGUAGGAGGAUAACUUCAACCUAAACACGGCAGUUUUGUUCAUGAUUUAUUUACUAUUUUUAAUGAACAUUUUUGUUGCUUCUAUUUGGAGAGUACCUAAUGAGUGUGGUUAAUCCAUGAGAUGCACAUUUUAUUAGCCCUGUGACUCUAGCAUUUGUGACAUGAAAUAUAUACUUGAGUCCUAAGAUGAAGAAUUUCUUUAACUUAAAUUAUAUACUAUUACCAGAGGUUACCUCUCCAUAAUUUUUAAAAAAAAAAAGAUGUAAAUUUUCUUUCUUUUAGUCAAAAGUCCGUCAGUGAAAGCACACCUUCGGUAAGUUAUAUAGUCUUGUAUUUCUAGCAUACUGUGCUACUGUUGAGAAUUAAGUUUUGAUCCUAAAUUCCAUGUUACACGUUUGUACCUUCAUAUGUUGCUGCUGAUUAUGUUGUUUUUUAUUAUAGUGUAUUAUAGGAACACAAGCAUGUGCCAAACGUUUAUCUGUGUUUAAUUAAGUCAUUGUGCUUGGAUUUGUGAAUGAAUAAUAUCUUCUAAUAGAUAUUUUUGUCUUGUUUAUUUUAUAGAGUGGUUUAUCAGCAAGAGAAAGACGGAGGCUCAAGCAGAAACAAAAAGGAGACAAAAGUGCCGUUCUCACCCCUCCCUCAGUAGCUGUACUUCCUUCUCCAAAUGAAGUGAUAGCCGCAAAAGUCAGAAGAUCUCAGGAAGGUAAAUCAAAUAAAGUUAAAUCAAAUAAAGUUACAAGGACAUGUAGGAGGUAGACCAACAAAGACCGGUCGUUUCGCCUACCAGUCCUUUCGCUUUAAGAAGCGAAAUGAGCGAUACGCAUGUAUAUGCAACCUCAUUCUUUCAGCUACUGAUCAAGCGAAAGCAGUUAGGGAACCGACCUCACACGUUGGCGAAACAACUCGCAGGCGAAACGACUGUACCAGACCAACCAUUGUGUGUGAUUUUUAACUGUAUGGGCAAAUUUUGGUUCCCCAAAUUCAAACGAGUGCUCUGCCUGAAAGCGUAAUGAAUACUUAGAGAGUGAGUGCUAUAUUUUGUACGUGGAUUUGUCUGGCGACUGCUCUGACAUAAUAUGGCGGGAGCUGACCAUAGACAAAUGAACCGAUCAGCUAGUCAAUACAUCAAUCAACUAAAAGCUCUAUGUCCAAGAAUUUUAUAGUAUGGCACCAAACCUAAUACAAAAGGAAACGUAUCAGUGAAGAGGGUCUAGUGUCAAUUUCUAAGUUUCUCUUUGCCUGCAGAACAGGCGAUAUUUUUUCGCGUUUUUCAGAUGGGCGAGGGCAAGCGCGAAGCGGGCGGGGAGUGCGAGACACGCGUGAUAAGGAAAUACCCAGAAAAAGGAUAUGCGUGUCAUUUUUUUUCCCGCGGAUUUCCCAGUCGCGCGAAUCUCGCGGUUCACCGUGUCGCCUGAAAAACUCGAAAAAAUAGCUGGUCAGCUAGCCUCCCACGCAGGCGUUUUUAGGGGAGCUCAAAUACGAGCUCCCCAAAAAACGCCUGCGUGAGAGGCUACUGGUCAGCAGGCUAGUUUUUUCUCUCAUAGUAAGAGCUAUGGGGAUACAGCUAUUUCGGUAAAGGUUGUGCACGCGACAAUCUUGAAAGGUAAUAUGCCGAUAUGAUCAAUACACUGUUUCUGACACUGAAGCUAUCGAACCUACUUUUGUUCUUUCUUUUAGCAGUUGCAAACAAACGUCCAUGGCCUCUCGUGCCAUUCUUUCAAAUUUCUUUAAAGACCAGAGAACUCAAAACCACUCACAAUACCUUUCGGGAUUGUCGCGUACACUUUUUCCGACAACCUUUCUCGAAAUAGCUGUAUGAAGAUGGUAUUUACUCCUCAUGUGCAUGCAUUGGCCCUCGUGCGUAUCGCUCUUAAUUAGGUGCCAUAUUUAUCAUGCUCCUAUUAACUAAAUGUACUAAAUUUGCUAAAUGAAACGUGUUUGGGUUGUUCAGCAACUCCGAAACAAGGAUCAGCCAUGAUUGAACCCAGGCGCCAGCUGGCAGCAGAGGGGUUCGAUGUCCCGGAUGGUGCUCGUCCCAUUCCUCGGCAGGAGUCGAUGUCGUCCAUAGCAUCCUCCACACCUGUAAGUCGUCACAUACGUUUCAAGAGUAAUUGUACAGCUUGUGCUUGUAAAUUUUUGUCUUUGUCUUUUGCAAAUGCGCCUAUCUUGUCCAUCGCUAGCCAAAUCCCACAAAAACGAGGCGUCACUACUUUUGAAUCCCCGCUUGUUUAAGGAAAAAAAAAAGUUUUUCAGGAAAAUUCGCUUCCUCGUUCGGUUUAGCCCGCGUAGCUGGCGGUAUUGUGUGGGUGCGAGUUUAAAGUUUUGGCAGCGGAGCCGUGUUCCAAUAAAUGGGAGUAGGCACGAGGCGGGUGGUUCGCCGCUCGUGACGGCUCCGCCGUCAAAUCUCACUCGACUACUACACAAUACCGCCAGCUACACAGGCUACGUUCGGUUCCAAGCCUUCUCCGCGCACUCGCAUCGAGUAAAUUGAUUUGAGGAGUAUUUAUUUAUGUAGUAUUUUCAUGGUUGAUUGAUUAAACAGGAUAGUGAUUCAGAUUCUGAACUGGAAGAAAUCAGCAUGGAGGAAUCUGCAGCAUCCGCACAUAGGUGGGUCAGAAAACAGUGGUUUUACCCAGAUAAUCUUUUUAAAACUUUACCUUAAGGACCCCCCUCCCCCCCGCCCCACUUGUUAAGCCACCAAGUUUUUGGUCCAUCUACCUGUAAACAAAAAAAUAAAUCCGGUUUUUAGUUAUAAACUCCCCCUCCCAGAUAUAAGCUCCCCUCUUAGCUCUUGCUUGUUAUUAAAAUGAAUUCGAUUUUUUAUGAACUUUUGAACCCUUAAAAAAGCGAGUAAAUUUAAAAAGUAUCUUAGUCAGCCCUGCUAUUUAGCUCGUUUGACACACUUUUUAGUCGUGUUAUAAGCACCGCGAGAAGCCCCCUCCUUUAUAAAACCCCUUACGAAGCCCAGGGUACGCAAUUUCUCUCUAAAUAAGUGAAAAGGGGAAUGUUUUCCUAGCAAUACGGGGAAGUGUAAGGCACUUUUACUUUCAGUGUUGGAAUUUCUUAAUAUGUCAGUGGCAUUUUGCCAAUGUCAGUGAGUUUUGUAUUCCUGGAAGCCUUCCUUCCAAACGUUUAAAUCUGUUGACCUCUACUCGCCUGGUUUUUUCCUGUUAAUUGAGCAUACAUAGCAGAAACAUAGCAGAGACCUUUUAUAACCUUUCCCUCAGGGUCUUCUCAUUUUCCAAUAUGGCGGUAGUAGGGAAGAAGACCCUCCGCCGCCAUAUUAGAAACCGAGAAGACCCUGGGGACGAAGUUGAGUCCUUUUAUUACUCAGUCAAGUUUCUUGAUACGAUUCUGAUGAUUUACCGUUGCUGUUGCAGAAAUCCUCGCAGGCAAAGUGAUGUCUCUUCUUUGAUAUCUGCUCUGGAUACAACUUUGAAAAUGUCAAAUGUUAGCGUUGAUAGAGAAUCCCCGGAUGUAGAUAAUGCAGCUGAAAAGGACGAAGACAACGAGCCCUUGGAUAUCCCUUUCGGUCAGUUGGGUGCGAUGUUUUUUUAUGUUGUUUUCCGGACGAAACUCUCCCUGUGCCUUAUAUAGCCUCUUAAAUACUAGAGUAAUUUUACUUAACCUGUGAGACAGAUACUAACAACUAAUGCCAAAUUGCUAUCUUAAAUUACAAGAAGAAUGAUAAUUGCUAAUUUUUUAUCGACCUUGUCACUCCGCUUUCACGCCAGCUCAACAGAUUGCUUGUCAGACUCGAGAGAACUUAACCUCAGAGACUCGGUUCUGACUUUUGAUUAAGGAACUAACAAUAUGGUAUUUACAUAUUCAUUUUACCAAGCUUUUAGCCGAAAGUCCUGUAUUUAAUUAUUUCAAGUAGUUUUUACAUUUUCAUUCGAGACUUUAGUUCUUACUGUACGAUUACUGAGUUUACUCACGAUGUAAAUAUAUACUGUAACGUCCUCAGAAGAGUUCACUAUUGAGGUAUCUUAUCUGAUAAUUAUUGUCAUUAUUAUGCGAUAUCCAAAUCUCAGAAGUGAUCUACGUCCAUCACUAAUAAGUUUGGGAGGAAAGUAUAUUUGUAUUUGCCAGACAAUAAAGAAAUGUAGGACGUCUACAAUCAUGAGGUUACUGAAAUGACCCGUACUAAUGUGUUUUUAGGUGGAUCACCCACUACAUCAGGGAGAUUACGAGACAGAAUAGACAGGCUUAGAAGGUAAGGCGCUAGGAGAAAGAAAAGUUAUUCCCCCUUUUAAACCUUUAGCUCCUAGGAGACGCCAAAGUCAAAUUGAAUAAAAAUUCGAAAUUCCAUUUUGUGAGACAGUUAAUAAACAAAAAAUGUAUCCUCUUGGAAGGUCAAACCAGAGGAUUUCUUUCACAAUAUUCAGACCUUCGUGUGAAACGUCCUUGUGAAAGUACUGCCGAAAAGGUUUCGUUUGAUUGGUAAUACCAAAGGAUUUCAUCAGUAGACUCAAAAGUUAGAACUAUGUACAAAACGAAUAGCAUCAUGUGAAAGUACUGCUGAAGAGGCUUCAUUUGAAUGGUCACACCAAAGGAUUUCAUCAGGAGACUCGAAAGUUAGAACUAUGUACAAAAAAAAUAGUCAAGGCACUGCCGAAAAGGUUUCAUUUGACUGUUCACACCUUAGUUUUCCAUCCACAGAUUUAAAAGUUAUGAUAACACAUCACUGUUGCCCAGCGCCUCCUUUCGCGCGAGGCUCAAGCCUCACCCUUCCAUUCCGAUUUACACUGGCCUAAAACCCUUAGAAAAAACAGCCACUAUGAUGCAGGUUUAUUUUGAGUUUUCUUUUGGACCCAACAAACUUGUGUAAACCCUGCAAUAUUCUUUUCUUUAUAGGGACUGUAUACGUGGUAUAGGAGAAGAUAUGCUAAUUGAGGCCUACAACAUUAUCGACACUCAACCAGAGGACUUUAUUGAGGUAUGUUGUGAUUACAUCGUCCACAUUAAGUCCUGGUCAGACGAAUUUCUAGAGAUGUUUAAACCAUGCUGGGUCAAAUAGUCUGAAAAUUCUGUCAGAAAGUGUUAAAUUCUCGAUCUCUUCAAAAAAAAGUAAGUUAAGUAAAUGCGUUUGACGGCGAUAUAUUUUAUGGAAUCGGAGGAAAAUGAAGGGUUAGAGCUAGGUCAGAGAUCAUCCCACAUUCGCGUCAUGCGUUCUCGAAAUUUCUAUAGACGUGGGCGAAAGCUCUGUUUAAUCCUGAGAUCCUGAGAUAUGAAGUUUUCAAAGUACAUUUAAAAAAAUCAUAAUUAUUUAAACAAUUUUAAAUAAGGCCCCUUCAGUCUGGUUUAUUCGUUUUCCUUAAAUCUGCAGCAAGCUCUUGUUGGACUCAUGGGAAGAGCAAACUUUGAACGAUAUGGCGGACCGAUUUGGCAGCUCAAGUUUUGUGAAAGUUUCAAAGUACCGUAA